UCUCGAUGCAAAGAAAAACACCAGCUUCUGAGUUUUCUUUUGUUAUAUAGACCCAAGUCACCCAACUAAAUGUAUUGUCUUCAAGUUGCAGCUUAUCACUUGUUCUUCAACGCUUCGCGGUUAUGUUAUCUUCUUGCUUUAAUUGUUUUUGUCUUUCUCAGAUUCUCUUCUAUUUUCCAUAAUAUCUCAAUGGUUAAUCACGUUGGCGAAUCCAGAACGGCUUCGUUUUUGGCGAUCGUUGAUACACAACAAGCUCAGAGAGAUCUGAAUGUAACUUUCUCUGGUGCUUUCUUAGGAUAUGUAAUCCAAGAUAUUGCUGACAAAUUGUGUUGUAGUUAGUUGUUUAAUGUUUAUGUACUUAUAUAAUAACGAUGAUUAUGCUUUGCUUUGUAUUUUAUCUCCAGUUCGACUGGAGGUUUAUUGCAUAGUAGUUAUGCCGUCUUGCGUUAA